AUGAUAGCGCUGCGUACCUAUGAAACGAGUGAGUCCCUGUGCCUGCUCGUAGUGUACGUUCUCUACAUCUUCUCCAUGUUCUUCGACGACGUUCUGCAGAGCAACUUUGACCGGCUGGUGAUCCGGAGUCACCCGGAGUCAGGCCGCACGUCGUGCUGCUGCUUCCCCAUGAAGGGGGAGGGGGGCGACACGGGCGACGGUCUUCAGGCUGGGGAGAAACUGUGGGAUGGAAAAGAUCCCGACAGUCGUGAGGAACAGGAAGAUGAAGAAGAGGAACCUGACUCGGUCCUUGCAGUACCGGAGUCCACCGCUAGUCGGCUCCUAUGGGCGGUGUCCCUGCCCCUGACUAUACCGAUGUACCUGACUGUGCCGGACUGCCGCCGGAAGAGGUGGAAAAACUGGUUCCUUCUGACGUUCUUCAUGUCCAUGGUCUGGUCCACUGUCUUCUCAUACCUACUCAUCUGGAUGGUCACAGUGAUAGGUUUCACGAUGGGCGCCUCGGACACGCUGAUGGGAAUCACGCUGCUGGGAGCCGGGACCAGCGUACCAGACCUCGUGGCGUGUGUGGUGGCGACUUGGGCAGGAGAGGGUGACAUGGCGAUCAGCGCGACCAUAGGAGCCAUCAUCUUCGACAUCCUGGUGUGCCUGGGGCUGCCCUGGUUCGUCAAGACCGUCUUCCUGGAAGUCUUAAUUCGAGAGGGUGACAUGGCGAUCAGCGCGACGAUAGGAGCCAUCAUCUUCGACAUCCUGGUGUGCCUGGGGCUGCCCUGGUUCGUCAAGACCGUCUUCCUGGACCACUUUGGCGUCGUCUUCGUGCAGACAGCGGGACUCAGCCUCACGCUGAGCUGCAUCUUCCUCACCAUCGCGUUCGCGUUCGCCGGAGUGUGCCUGAGUGGGUGGCAGUUUCGCCGCGCGUUCGGCGCCGCUUGCCUGGUGGUCUACGUCGCGUUCAUCGUGUUCGCUGUUUUUACAGAAGAAUAUUUUGCCGGGACUGUGGCCGUUUUUCCUGAAUGUGACGUCCAGCCGCCUUGA